AUGGAUCCUUUCUCGGUCGUGGUGGGAACUCUCGCUCUGAUCGAGGUGUCCGGGAAACUGGUCAAGUUUGUGAGAGAAAUCUCGAAUGCUGUUGAAGAUGCGAAUGAUGACCUCCAUACGCUGAUCGCUGAGUUGACCUCGCUGAAUGGGGUCACUCAAUCUGUUGAAGAUGUCUACAAAAAAGCAAUGAGUCUUGAAGCAUGCAAGGAGAAAGCAGUGGAACUCGACAAACUGUUCGAUCAUAUUCAUAAGAAUAAUCGCCAUGAAAUCACCGCAAGAUGGACGGCUUUGAAGAUAUUGAUUCGCAAAAGUAAUAAGGAUUCGGAGCUACAGCGGCUGCGUGCGGGUCUGGCCAAGGAUCAUAAUCUUUUAUCAACCUUGCUCCUUACAAUCACCGUAGAAUCUCAAGGAGCAUCCCACGACAAGCUCGACACAAUAUUCGACAAACUCAAGGAAUUUGACACCUUCUUCAAAUCUCAAGAGGAAUUACAAAGUCGUAUCGAACAGGACAAUCACGACUUGGAUAUGAAACAACAAUACGAAUGGGAGGAUUAUUUACACCGACUACGCAAGUUGCAGGACACCUUCUACACUGGUCGUGCUCAAGACCUGAGGAAAUUACAACAUGUGUUCUUCAAGGAAAUCCCGGCACAGCAGCAGAUGCGUUUCGUUAUUCACGGUAUGCCCGGAUCAGGGAAAACUCAGUUCUGUUGCAAGUUUGCAGACGACAAUCGAUCAAGAUUCUGGGCUGUCUUCUGGGUUGACGGUAGAUCUAUUGAACUGAUUAAACAGUCGUACGCCGAAAUCGGCAAAUAUGGAGGAGUGGAGCCUAAUCAUGCUGCUGCGAUGCACUGGCUUACUACCAUCGAGAAACCAUGGUUAUUAAUCAUCGACAAUGCCGAUGACAAGAAUCUUAACUUGGACGAAUAUUUCCCAAAGGCCAAGAGAGGUCACAUCCUGAUAACGACCCGAGUACCCGGCAAUAAAGUCUACGGAAACGCUGGCUCUUUUAAGUUCAAAGGCAUGGAUGAAGAGGACGCCAGUACGCUUCUUCUACGCUCGGCCGCUUUUGAUAUAACGGUACCGCCGGAUGCCGACACUAAAUCCUGGGUGACGAGAAUCAUCGAAAAACUUGGCUCCCUUGCGCUUGCCGUGAUUCAUGCUGGUGCCGCCAUCCGAUCUUCAAUAUGCACACUACGAAAUUAUUUGACAUUCUUCGACGACGACUUGCUGCGCUUGCGGCUUCAGCGCACAUCAGCUAACGCAGCCAUUGCAACUUUUGAUGAAGGACAUAUGAAAGCACACGCAACAUUUGAAAUAAUGUACAAAGGCAUCGAAAGUCAAAACACCCAGUCCUCAAGAGACGCGAUUGAAUUAUUGAAGAUGUUUUCAUUCUUUCAUUGUGAGAAUAUCCGCCGUGACGUGCUGGAAAAGGCGAUAGAAAACUGCAAGCUUGAGAUGGAGCAGGGACAAUUCAAAAGUCCAGAUGAAGGAAAACGUCCGCUCACAUGGGCUGAAAAGCGAAACGAGCUAUGGUUCGCCUUCUUGGCUUUUAUCCUGGCGGACCGCAGUCCUCCUGCGUUGCCUCAAUUGAUAAUCGACGGUCGUGGGUCUGGGCCCCGGGGGGUCAUUGCUUUAAGAUUAGGAUACGCGUUAGGAGAGCUCAUCAACCUGUCUAUCGUCACUCUUAAUGAGAAACACGGCAUUCAACGCUACUCGAUACACUCCUUGGUCCACCAAUGGGUUCGCGAGAGGCCUGAGAUGUCUAUAUUGGAGCAGGACUUCUGGUCAAAAGCUGCAGCUACAACACUUACUCACUCAAUUCUCCUCCCUCUUCCGCCUCACACCAAUAUAACAGACAGCGCACUAUUCCGAAGGGAACUCGUUCCUCAUAUUAUGCAUGUCCGCGCAAGACGACAAGAAAUUGACAAAAGGAUGGACAAUCGCGGAUGGUGGAUUUCCAAAUGGCUCGGCUUCACGUCAAACUUUGAACAAGACCAAGUUCGCGGACCCGACCACGCUCGCCAAUUAGCCAAGUUCAGCUUGGUAUUUACAGAGACCGGUGAUUGGGAACAAGCUCGAAUACUCCAAGAGAAUGUCAAAGCAUGGACAGAUAGAAUCCGGGGCCUGGAGCAUGUUGCCGCCCGACGCGUCACCAUGUUUCUCUCUCAAACUUACUGGUAUCUGGGUCGGGGUGACGAAGCAGCCAAAUUACAAGAAGAUGUUUUGAAAGCGUGUCAGGCAUAUCUUGGCCCUACCAGCCGUGAAACGUUAACGACUAUGGACACCCUUGGCCGAUCGAGGUGGCAACAAGGAAGAUACACCGAAGCGAAGGAGCUACAAAAGGACGCCGUGAAGGGGCUCGAGGAUCUCAAUCUGGAAGACGACGAACCCCUUCUCGUCGCAAAGGUUAAUCUCGGCCGAACUUUAGCCAAAUUCUACGAGAACCUCAAAGAUGCCGAAACGCUUUAUGAAGACGGCUUGGAGGGCAUGAUGAAUAAUCCCAAACUGGGUCGUACCCAUGUCCAUACACUGGAAGCAAAGGAAGACCUAGCAAAUCUUCAGAUGCAGAUGGAAGGUGACAAACAAUUAGUGCUGAAGAGCAUCCUAGAAGUUCUUGAGGACCGAAAGGCUACUUUGGGUAAAGAGCAUCCUUUUACACUUUUCACAAUGGCCAGUCUGGCAAGAGUCUACAUUUGGUUGGGGGAGCUCAGCAAGGCCGAAGAGACUGUCUGCAGCGGGCUAGAAAUUGCUGAUCGCAAUCUCGGCAAGAAGCACAUAGGAACGCUCAUGGGGAGGGUCAUUUUGGGCGUCAUCUACACCAAACAGGGACAUUUCAAAGCAGCAGAAAAGACAUUGAAGGCGACAAUGAAGGGGCAAGCGGCCCUUUCAUUGAAAGUAGGUGAGAACCACCCCGACCGCAUCGGUACAAUGAUUGAGCUUGCGGAGUGCUAUGAGAAGCAGGAAAAAUUCGAUGAGGGUAUCAAAAUCUGUGAUCAGAUCAUCAAAGGACUGCGCAAGAUUAGCCGCUCGGAGCAUCCAUUGGAGCGACAAACGCAGAAACGGAAAGACAGAAUGACCAAGAACCGCGAUGCAAAGAAGGCUCAGUAA